AUGUUGUAUCGAUGGAUCGAUUGCUUGGGGCUGCGUCGUGAGGAGAUUCCUGCCGAAAACGUGUGCUCCACUGGAAACGACAUGUCCAGAGCUGUCCCAUGGUGUUUUGGAGAGGCAGCACUCCGCGGCGUCAUGGAGGAUUAUGCGCCACCAGAGAGGCAACCGAUCUCGGUCGUUGCGGAUGAGGUGUUGCAGAGCGAGGUCGGCACCGAGGUGGGCAGUGGGGCGAACAGCGAGGUCAAAGAGCCAACGAACGAACCCAGCCGCCGGGCCGAGCAGGCGAUCAACGACGCAGCGGAGCGGCUCGCAGGCUCCGGGGGACGUGAGGACAGCGAGGACCAGUCCACAGCGGAUGGCACAGAUCAGAGCGCCGAAGAAGCUUCAGCCCAGACCGAGGCACCCAAUGAGGCUGAGACAGUGAUCACCGAGACGAACAGCAGUGACGAGGUCAACGUAACGGGAAGCGAAGAUGUGGCGCUGAAGAGUUCCGAGGUGGUCUCUGAUGAGGCUAAAGAUGUGAAGGCACAGCAGUCCGGACAGUGGCGGACACCCAGACACCAUCCCCGCGGGGACAGAGGCCUUUUGCCGUGCACAGUAGUCACCAGGCGGUACACAGCCAUGGCCCAGUCAAGGCUGAAGGCAGCGCGCGCGGACUGGGCGCGGUCGGCUGGCGGGCUGGAUCUCGCGGGCGAUUUUCGGACGAAACACAAAGAUGGGUUAGCGGGGCCCGCCGACGCGCCGCCGCCGAUGGAAGUGGCACCGCCGCCGCACACGCUGAUCUUGUACGUGGCGCCCUUGCUGGCCUUCGGCCUGGUCUUCUUGUACGGCUACCGAAGGUGCUUCAAGCUUCUGGAGGAUCAGUUGUCCAAGCUCUUCCCGUCGCAUCCCGCGCCUCACUCACUGGAGGAGCCACUGGUGAGCGAGGCGUCGGGCGAGGGCGGCGCGUCCGGCAGGAGUUGGCUCCAGCGGGGUUUGGAGUGCUUAUUGGCCCUCUUUCACUACUACACGCUGCUUUAUGUGGUUUGUGGAUAUUUGAUCUGGGAUGAGUACAAGAGCUCCUUUCGCUUGUUGAAAAGCACCCACUACUUGGCCCCUGAGAAUCUCAAAGACAGAUUUCUGCAGGAGACCGAACCCUUGCCGAACUGGUGGCAAGACGAGGUGAAACACAUGGUGGACCCUGGUGGGUUCCAAGUCUUGCGACGCUUCACUCUGCUGUCGCCACUCUUCUUGGCACUCACCUUCCUGGUCUCCUUGGGGAAUACGCUUCGACAUGUUUGGCGUAUGCUUCGGAAGGGAGGCCUGCUCAAGCAGAACCCUGGCAUUGAUAGCAGCAUCAUGAUCAUCGCGCUACCUAUGAUCGCCUGUAUGAUGUCAUACAGAUCAGUCACGCGCAUGUGGAUGAUCUGUGCCAACAGCAAAGUUGGAAGUUUGGGCUAUGUGGAAGACUUUCAGGGCAACCGGACCUGGGUGGCGCGCUUGGUGGUUUGCCAGAACAUGUAUGAGACAAACUUCUUGCUGACGGACCUCUACGAGUCCUGGGCCUUGCUCCACUUCGCCAACUUAGCCCUGCAGAUCAUCGCCUCUCGCAGCACCAAGCCCAGCCGAGCAAGUGUACCGCAGCCGGCCGCACGCGCGAGUCAGACGGUGAUGAGCCUGCAGGAGAAGCUGACUGAAAGUGUCGAUGCUUUGACCAAGCAAGGCAUUUAUCUCUUCAACGGCACCUGUUUUCUGGAAGCGGCCUACAGCCUCUUCACCACUUCCGUCGAGGCAUACCUGGGCGGCGAUCGGACCUUGAAGUUCAACGAGCGAGUGUAUCGCAGCCGGACUCGCGUUCACUACUUCUUCCUGGGCAUGGGCGCGAUCGCCUCCUCCGCGGCCAUCGGCAACGUGGUCACCGUGGAGAUGACCUUCGAGAAGCAACUGGAGACCUUUCGGCCCUCGGCGAAGUUCUGGUCCACGAAGAUCCUCCUCUCCAUCGGUUUUAUUCAGACCUUGCUGUUGGAAGUGCCUCCCUUGUCCACCAGCCUCUCCAUCACUGAGAAGGAGAGCGGUGUCGUGUGUGGGGUGAAGUUGGGGGGCUUAGAUCAAAGUGUUUGCACAGACGUGCAUAGAUUCGAACAUCUAGGUGAUGCGGAGAAGCAUGGUGGAGAGGACCACGACGAGGACGAGGAGGUGGAAAGCCCGGCCAAGAGCGGAGGCAAAGUUCUGGUGGGCCUCACCAUCUUCCUUGGUACGGUGUUGAUGCUGGUGGCCAUCGGUUCCGCCGCCUACAUGGCCUACCAGCGGCGACGGGCUGGCCCUGCGGAGCAACAAGCACCGCUGCGCGACGGUGCCGCUGCCCCUGCUGCUACGGAAAGUGCGCCCACACCAGCGGCGGAGGCUCCCGCCACGGAGGCGGACGCCACUGCACCCAGCUUCUCGGGUCCCGAGGCUGGUGCCUGA